GAGGAAGGCGGGGCCAAGUCCGGGCCUGACUAAACUGGAGUCUGGUGGCUUAGGGGCUUCGUCCCAGCUGUAGAGCGAAGAGCUGCAGACAGCAAGCAUCUCAUCGCCGUUCAGGGUCUCCUUGACAGACGGAAAACUUGAAGCAACCUCUGGCUAACCUUGUGUUUUUGAAAAAUUAGAUUUACUGGUGUUUUUAGAACUUCAGCUAUCAAAAUGGGCAGAAUUUUCCUUGAUCAUAUUGGUGGUACUCGGCUGUUUUCAUGUGCAAACUGUGAUACAAUCCUGACCAACCGCUCAGAACUCAUCUCUACUCGAUUCACAGGCGCCACUGGUAGAGCAUUUCUUUUUAACAAGGUAGUUAAUCUGCAGUACAGUGAAGUUCAAGAUCGGGUCAUGCUCACUGGCCGCCACAUGGUUCGAGAUGUGAGCUGCAAAAACUGCAAUAGCAAACUGGGAUGGAUCUAUGAGUUUGCCACUGAAGACAGCCAGCGUUACAAAGAAGGCCGUGUGAUCCUGGAACGUGCUCUAGUUCGAGAGAGUGAGGGCUUUGAAGAGCAUGUACCAUCUGAUAAUUCUUGAAGAAAAAGAGAUAAAUCCAUCUUUUCCCAGGUCUCCUUCACUGAAAACAAAAAUCUACUUACAUACACUGUCACCUUAGCAUCAGAGUCGGAUUCAUGAACUGCGGAACAAGAGGUUGUGAGAAUCUGAGAUGAAACCUUUCUUUCUUUCUUUUUUUAAUUUUGUAUUUUCCAUCCAGCAGCAGCGUGUAGAGAGAGCAUUAUGCAGAUGCUGUUCACUUUUUUCCCUAUGUUUACAUCGUGAGGCAGAAAAGUCUACCUGCAGCUACGUGGUGGGCUACGUGAGGAAAAAAAUCUGGGCUAUUAGAGUGAAAAAGUGUGUUUUAUGUAAAUUUUGAAUGGAGAAUAUGUCAAGAGCAUGGUUUUUAAACUUAAUUUGAGCUUCAUUUUAAAACAUUUUUUUAAAACCCAGUUAUUUCACUUAAUUUGCUAGCUUCAGAGAAGAGAUCCGAAUCUGUGCCCGGCGCUAAAGGCUCAGUGGUAGCACGGCUUGUGCUGGCCAGCGUGUCAUAUUCUUGUUGGAGAUGAACCGUAGCCCCAGAGCCCAUUCUUCCUUGUCAGUCUUGACCCAAAGAUACCACCAUUCCUAGUUACUGGUCACCACAUAAUUGGUGUUGAUUGGAAACUUUCUGAAAUGGGGAAGAACUGCUUGGUUGUCUUUUUCCAUGUAACUUAAGCAUAGUAAUAUAAAUAAAAUAAUAGUUGGAUGUUU